AGAAAAAACUUAAUCACCGUACUUCCGCGUGAACCAUGGUUUUAAUGCGCUGCAUUUUCUGCUGAGCACAACACUCGAGUAAAUGUUGUUUCUUUGCAUUGAUUUGCAUGUGUUUAACAUUAACUUAACCUCCCACAAACAUCCAGACCAGGACGCAGCAGCAGACUGUUGAUUCGGAGUUCAAAUGGAGGGGAAACUGGACAUGGGAGAAGUUUCUCCGACCCAUCAACAACAUCAGCGGGGCUUGUGGAAAUCCUUGCAGGGCAAAUCAAAACUCACUUUGAACCCCAAACUGGGCAAGAAAGAACGGAAACAAGAGAGCGGGUUUUGGAUAUUUAAAAAGAAAAAGCCAAAUGGUUUGGAACGAGCGAUGUCUUCGUCUCAGCCAAAUCUGCACAGCGCAGCGGCUCCGGAGGGGAGUAAUGGGGGUGAGAGCGGGAGAGCGCGCCGCGGCACGCCGGAACAGAGUGCAGGUAGAGCGGCAGCAUCGCUCGGAGCCGAGAUCCAGACGCUGAAAAGGACCAUGAGCGCUAAACCGAUCAUCUCGCAUUUGGUGCAGUCCCAACACAAACCUGUUCAGCAAGAAUCCACAAGCAAAGAGGAUGCUGUGGUGGAUGGUAACGAGGAACAGAUCAGUAAAAGCAUGGGCAUUGAUUCAGUGGGUAAUGGGAGUACACAACCAUCACUACCCAUUUCAGCAAUGUACCAGUUGGACAUCAUGCUAAAAAGAGGAAACAAUUUAGCCAUUCGAGACCGAGGUGGGACAAGCGACCCAUAUGUCAAAUUCAAAAUAGCUGGUAAAGAAGUUUUCCGUAGUAGGAUCAUCCCCAAGAACCUUAACCCGGUUUGGGAUGAACGAGUUUGCCUGAUAGUGGACAAUUUACAAGAGCCUUUGUAUAUUAAGGUGUUUGACUAUGAUUUUGGCCUUCAAGAUGACUUUAUGGGUUCAGCAAACUUGCACCUUGAUUCGCUGGAGCACCGGAGACCACUGGAUGUUCGGUUAGACCUUCAAGACCCUCACUGCCCUGAUCAGGACCUGGGCUCUCUGGAGCUGACGAUCAGUCUGUUCCCCAGAGGUCUGGUAGACAGAGAGGCCCUCAGACUAGCGCAGCAGCAACAGAAUCUGCGGCUGUCUGACCUGCACAAGAAGUCUCAGCUCUGGAGGGGCAUUGUGAGCAUCCACCUCAUCGAGGGUCGCGACCUCAUCCCUAUGGACCAGAACGGCCUCAGUGACCCAUAUGUCAAAUUCAAACUGGGCCAUCAGAAGUACAGGAGCAAGACAAUUCCCAAAACCCUGAACCCUCAGUGGAGGGAAAAGUUCGACCUGCAGCUCUUUGAUGAGGAGGGUGGUGUUCUGGAGAUCUCCGUGUGGGACAGAGACAUGGGCAGGAGAGACGACUUCAUCGGCCAGUGUCAAUUGGACCUGUCACAGUUGAGUAGAGAGAAGACUCAUAGAGUGGAACUGGAGCUGGAUGAGGAUAAAGGUACAAUAGUACUACUGGUGACCCUCACCGCCACAGUUGCUGUCCCCAUCUCUGACCUGUCUGUCAAUAUACUGGAGAACGCACAUGAACGACAACAGAUCCUAAAAAGAUAUAGUCUUCUGAGGUCACUCUUUAACAUGAAGGAUGUCGGAAUCGUGCAGGUGAAAAUCUUGCGGGCGGAGGGACUGAUGGCAGCUGAUGUUACAGGAAAGAGUGACCCGUUCUGUGUAGCAGAGCUCUGUAACGAUCGACUGCAGACACACACAGUCUAUAAGACACUGAACCCGGAGUGGAAUAAAGUCUUCACCUUCAAUGUGAAAGACAUUCACUCUGUGCUGGAAGUCACCGUGUACGACGAGGACCGAGACCGCAGUGCAGAUUUCCUGGGUAAAGUGGCCAUCCCUUUAUUAAACAUUCGCAACAGCGAACAGAAGGCCUACGUCUUGAAAAACAAGGAGCUGACAGGGCCAACAAAAGGGGUCAUCUUUCUCGAAGCAGACGUCAUCUUCAACGCCGUGAAAGCAAGUUUGCGGACAUUCGUUCCACCAGAACAGAAGUACAUUGAAGAAGAGUCCAAAGUCUCUAAACAGUUGUUGCAGCAGAAUUUUAACCGAGUGAAACACUGUAUCCUCUUCCUCAUUAAUGUGGGCUCAUACAUCAACAGCUGUUUUCAAUGGGAGUCGCCUCGCCGGAGUAUAUGUGCUUUCUUGGUCUUUGUGGUGGUGGUUUGGAAUUUCGAUAUUUGCAUGAUUCCACUGUCCUUGCUGCUUCUCCUUACCUGGAAUUACUUCCUGUUGGCCUCCAGAAAGGAACCGCGUGAGGGAAGUGUGCAAGCGAUGGAGGACCUUCUUGAAGAUGAGGAUGGAGAUGAUGACAAGGACUCCGAGAAAAAGGGCUUCCUGGACAAAUUCUAUGCGAUUCAAGAUGUGAUCGUUUCUGUUCAGAAUGCCUUGGAUGAAGUGGCCUCCUUUGGGGAAAGAGUGAAGAACACAUUUAAUUGGUCCGUGCCUUUUCUGAGUUGGUUAGCCAUAACAGUUCUGUGUGUAGGUGCAACUCUAAUUUAUUUCAUCCCACUACGCUAUAUUGUGCUGGCCUGGGGUAUCAAUAAAUUCACCAAAAAACUUCGAAACCCUUACCUCAUCAACAACAACGAGCUGAUGGACUUCCUAUCCAGAGUUCCGUCAGAUGUUCAAAUGGCUCAGUAUAAAGAAUUCAAACUGGAUUCCACACAUAGUCCCAACAAGAGAAGGAGAAACAAUCCCGGCUAGUUCCUACCGUGCAAUUUCACAUUUUAAAAUCAACAGCCUCCAAAGCUCUGCGUGUGUGUACAAUACACUAUGAAUGUUACAUAGACUUAAAAAGGGGAUUUAAAAAAAUGGAUAUUUCUAUUGUUCCUAUCAUUGUAGUUUAUGUAAACCUGCACAGCUACAAUCAACCAAUGGUAGUAAUAUUUACAUGGCGCAAAUGUUUUUUUGUUCAUAUAAAUGUACUCUUGAGAUAUUAAUACGGCCAUUCUGUUGCGCUGACUUUUCAUUAUGUCAGUGUCUUUUACAUUUGGGCUUUUUAAUGAAAGUUUUAGCCUUUUGCCACUUUUAUUGAGAGAUGAUGGGGAAAGAGAGGGGGAAAUGGAUAACAUGCACCAACUACUAGGCCAUGGCUCCAAUAAAUUUGUCAUUUUAAAUGGUUACGCUUCUUUCUGCCACAAAACACAUCUGUAUAAAUUUAUAAGGGAGUUUUUAGUCUUUACAGAUAUAUGCAAAAUUAUUUAUAAAAUAUGCUACAGUUUUAGCUUUUCUUCAAAAUACAAACCCUAAUGGUGCACUUUUUCCAUCUGAGCUCACAGUUCAUGUCAUUCGCUUUGGGUUUGAGUGUUGAACUUCAUCUCUCUGUAACCAUGUAUUUUUAGGAGAAAUUGCAUGCUGUGCAUCCAAAUCCAAAAACAAUGUGUGUUUUGAAAAUUUUGUUGUAAAUAUACAUUGUGGAAAGAUUGCUUAUAUUGUUCUAGACACGUAUAUGACCACUUUCAUAUGAGGUUUCAAUAUAUUUUGCUUUUCCGUUAUGUAUGCCAUGACGAAUGACGAUACAGUGUUUUAUUAUAACAUUUGUAUAUUCGUGUUGCACGUUAACAAGAAUGGCUCUUCAUGGUCUAUAAGCAUAUACGUAUAUGUAUAACUGUUACAAAGGUUUUUUUCCUUGAGAAAUAUUAUUUUUUGAAGUAUGAAUGAUUUAUAAAUUUGCCUUAUGGAAUAAUUCAAUCAGAAAAAUGUUGCAUACUCUGAGAAUAAGUGUAAUAGCCUUGAGCUUGCAUGUUCAUACAGAGCUGGAACCAACCAUUGAAAACCUCUUUGGUCAUGAACUUUUGAGUUUUACACAAAAAUAAUGAAAUUAUAAAUAUGUGUAUAACUGGUCUUCAGAAGUACAGACUGUUCAAAAAUACUUCUGAAAGUUAUUAUGAAAUGGUAUAUGCUACCUAUUUUACAUCCAUAGUGUAAUUGUUUUUUUUUUUUGUUUGUUUUUUUGGUUGUAUCUUUCUGGAACAAAAGACAAACAUGCUUUCUUUGAAAUAAUAUGCACCAAUGCAUUACUCAAAAUAGGAGAAAAAUGUGCAUUAAGAAAGUAAACAGGGUCAAUUUUGAUUUAUUUAAGUUACCCUUCCCCCCAAAAGAAAAUAAAUUCAAUUAUUCAACAACAAAUUAAUAACUGCAAUUAAACAACUGCUUGAUGUCAGGGGGUUUGCGUUGCAUGAUCCAGUAUUCUCUUCUCCUUGUGUAAAAUGAAGAUUGUAAAUCAUUUGUUCUUCUAAAAGCAUCCAAUUAACUAAUCCAGAUUGGAGAUACAGUAUGUGUGAACUGUGAAGGCAGUUAGUGUGAUGUAUAUUGGGGGAGCGACAGUAAAAGAUAAUGAAUGAGUCAUCAAGCAGUUUUGUGACUACAUCAAUGCUCAUAUGGGCUACUGGAGGGUCCAUCUCCCAGUUAAAAAUUAAAGGUUUAUAAUUAGUUUCUUUAAUCCCUGCCUUAUUAAAUAAAUGCUUCUUUGGGAAUCAGGACAGACUAAUUGAGCUAUGAAGGGCAUCUUUUUAAAGUAGCAAAAGAUCAGUCUCUCCCAUGGCCUGAGCUUUUAAAAGAGAUUAAUGAGAAUUUAAAAAAGGUUUUGGGUUUCCCUUCUCGCAUCAAUAAAGACCAAUGGAAUUCGCUGCAGUGCUCCAAUUGAUGAUUUAAAGAACCAAAGGACACUUUUGAUUUUUUUUUUAUGUUCAUGUUCAUGACUGUCUUUCUUCAGCAGAACACAAAUUAAGAUUUUUAGAAAUAUAUUGAUGCUUAUAAUGUAAGUAAACGGGUGCCAUUGGGCUGCUGGCUAUUUGACAGUCCAAUGAUUUAAAGCAAGGAUUUAAAUUUAAAACUUUUUAAUUAUCAAAUUUAUUUUUUACACAAACCUAUCAAUUUGCUUCUGAAGACAUUAAUUGAUCAACUGGAGUCAUGUGGAUUACUUUUAUGCUGCCUGAAUAUGCCUUUUGAACAGCACCUGUAUACUUAUAUUAUAAGGACCUACAGAGCUUCGAUAUUUUUCUAAAAAUCUUAAUUUGUGUUCUUCUGAAGAAAGACAGUCAUACAUAUCUGGGAUGGCAUCAGGGUAAAUAAUAAGAUAAAUGAAUAGUUCUCCCAAAAAAUUUACAUAAAAUUUCAAAAACAAGAGAAAACUAAAUCUAGAUAGCAAAUAUAUUAAUCAGUACCAUUUGUCAAUCAAUUUUCAAUGUUGAUUCAUAUUAGUAUAUUCACUAUCUGGAAACUCAGUCACACACAAUACAAAAAGCUCUGCUCUUUUCCUGUGCGAACCAACAAUUGUGUCGAAUUGCUUCUUGUCCAUUAUUCCUCAAGAGCUCAAAAGUCUGCCAUAAACUCAAACACAAUGCCCGGGAAGAAUUCUACACCCUCUUAGGCUCAAAUACCCCACUUGAUCAUGAUGGCUGUGAAUGGGUCUAAAGUGCGGGAUGCAAUCUGUAAAUCAUUUGUAAUUUUGUAUUUAUUUUGAUUCAACUGAUGACUUGUAUUGGGAUAAGUCUAAGCCCGAUAGUGAAAAGGCUUCUGUUUGAAUUUUUCUAAC